AUGGCCAUCCACCACUAUCACAUCCUCCCACUGGGCGGUCCCGAACUGUCCCCUCAGUUGGCCCAUGGCAGGUGUCUCGGCUGGACCCUCGAAAUUGAUGAGGGAGAGAAUGAGCUCCAUUGUUUUGGCUCCUGGGCCGUUGUCCUGUUGGAAGCGAUCUAUCUGGCUAAGAAGAACAUCAGGAAACAGGGGGAGCUGGUGGACUAUGAGAAGGAGAACUACAGCAUCCUGCACAAGAGGAUUAACCACACCUGGGACUUUGUGGUGAUGCAGGCCAGAGAACAGCUCAGGGCCUCUAAGCAGAGGAAGAAGGCUGACCGUAUCGUUCUGGAGUGCCAGGAGCAAGCCUACUGGUUGACCAACAAACCAUGUCCGGGGGCGUUUGACGUGUUGGAUCUGGGACCUGAGAGAUGCAACGUCCUCAGCUCCCGAGUCGCACUGAACACUGACCACUACAAGAGAGAGAUUGAACACAGUAGAAGAGCUCUGGGGAGAAACCGUGUCAAGUCCUCCAUCUGUCUUGAGAGCUUCAUGAAGUACAGUGAGCAGUACCUCCACCACGACCCCAUCAUGUCAGGCUGUCUCCCUAGCAACCCCUGGAUCUCUGACGACACCUCACACUGGACCAUCAACACUGACAUGGUGGACACUCCAACCAGGCUGAGAGUGGAGAGCUGGAGUUUCAACUUCAUGGAACUUCUGAACGACUCGAUGGGAAGACGAGAGUUUAUGAUCUACCUGGAGAAAGAAUUCAGUGCGGAGAACCUGUGUUUCUGGGUGGCCUGUGAGGACCUGAGGCAUGGAGAGAGCUCCAAGAUCAUCCUGAAAGUAGAUGAGGUUUACAAGAACUUUCUGGCCCCUGGCGCAGCUCGCUGGGUGAACAUCGAUAGUAGGACCAUGGAGAAAACACUGGAGGGAAUCAAACGACCUCAUCGCUUCAUUAUGGACGACGCCCAGAUGCACAUCUACUUCCUCAUGAAGAAGGACUCCUACCCCAGGUAUCUGAAGUCUGAGCUGUAUAAGAACAUGCUGGCCAAAGCCAUCGUUCCCCAGGAGACCAAGAAGAGUGUAUUUCCCUUCAUGAGGCGACAGCGUCACUCUAGCCCCUCUCCUGCCAUGGUUACCCAAGCGACGGAAGAUGAUGGAAAGGCUAAAGAGGCGGGACCAACAGGAACAAGCUCCACAACCAACUCUCAGAUCUGAUCGCCAUGGGAAUACCACAACCACCAUGUUCACAGCAACCAGAUCUGGUCGCCAUUGUAUCACUAUAGCAACCAUUCAUACUUCUAGAAGUAAUAAUACUGUCUAGUAGUUAUAUUUAUGAACAUAGAACUAUAGGUAUAGUUUAUAGACACAAUCUGAAAGAUUUCCACUAUUCAAUUAAUGUAGACUUAAGGCCAGUUUAUACUUGGUCUAAUAACAUGUCUAGGGACAAUUAUAAAGUGACAAGUGUCGCUGGUCAAAACAACCUUUAAUUUAUACUCCUGUGGACUGUCUGUAGACUGUCGUUGCUACGGUCAGUUUCCUUGUUGCGGAGACGCGAGAAAAGUUCCCGUCUCUGCGACUGUCGCAACGUCCGUUGUCGUGGUUACCGAACGGCGACAACGCGGUAGUUCUAUAGUCCUCGGAUAGAAUGGACCUAGUUUUAUUCCCGUCUCUCUGCGGCAGUCAGCUAUUUUCUGUCGGCUCACAAGUCUCUUUUAAACGACGAUGUUGUGGGUUUAUGUUCCUGUAAUAAUGAAUAAAAAGUAGUAAGAUAUUGUCAGCUA